AUGUCAAAGCGCUCUCAAGUGACACAGGAAUCAGGCGACGAAACAUUUCAACCAGCCAAGAAAGUGCGACGUUCAAGUGCGGAUGUCCCGACGGAUGUUAGAAGCUCUACGCCUAGCUCCUCGGAGCUGAGGAGUCCCUUCCUGGUUGACGCGCCAUCGCAAGUCGUAACAGUAAUCUCCUGGAACGUCGAAACCUCUGCACCUUUCUUAGACUUGCACCCUCGUAAACUCGUGUCCUACGGGGUCACCUCAUCAAAGCAACAGAAGCCAAACGUCCUGCGACAGUUGAUAACGCGGCAUAACUUCCCAGAUUUUGUCUGCCUGCAAGAAGUCCGUGGCAGGCACGGCGACAGUCAGUGGAUAGCAGCGUUAGCUGCUGCAGCCAAUGGUUCCGAAGGACCAAAAUACACGGCUUACACGUCCCUCAAUCGCGCCACAAGGGGACAGCGCCAUUUCGGCGUGGUUACGUACGCCAAAAAUCCAUCCCAGAUUGCCGUAGCUCGAGAGGUAGAGUGGGACGUGGAAGGAAGGGUCAUGAUCCUGGAGAUGCACAGUGGCUGGGCCCUUGUUAACGUAUAUGCUCUCAAUGGCAGUGAGUAUGCCUGGGUGGACCAACGCACACCGCAGAAGGCGACAAGCAAGACGCGUAAUCAGCGAAAACGCGAGUUCAACAAGCUUCUCCUGGAAGAGGUCAAGAAGAUGCGAGCACGGGGACUACGAGUCAUCCUCAUAGGAGAUUUUAACAUUUCACUCACGAAGCGCGACUGCAUUCCGAGACUCCGUACUGAAUAUCCGCACGCCCUCGCGCGGAAAGAAUUCAACGAGCAAUUUAUACCUCAAGCUGCAGUUGUCGACAUCUUCCGCGAGCGCCACGGGGACAAGAACGAGUUCAGCUGGUUUGCCAAGGGGAAGCCACGAGGGACAGAUUGCGCCAGAGUGGACUAUGCCUUGGUCGAUCGCCGACUCAUAGGCAACGUCGUAGAAAGCGCAUACCUAGAGGACCCCCAGGAGCGUGCGCAUAGCGACCACGCGCCCGUCCUUCUCAGACUGCGAGACAUGGACAGAAUAAAGCAAGAGUGAUAUAUCACAGAUGACAGUUGUCACCGACCACACGAGAUCGUCUAUGGCUCGGUUUAC